UGGUCAUUUUGGUCAUCUGCACACGUGAGUGAUAAAAGGGCUUCCUCGCGGUGAAUAAACAUGGUCCCACCUAAGGAAAACUGAACCCAGUCAAGACCUCCUAAGCCGUAUUAUUUCUAGACUGUGUCAUUUUGGGGGCUGGCCUCCGGAUUUCUUCUGAAGACGGUAUAAUUUUAAAACCUCAUCCCUGGAUCUCUUUUGAGGACCAUCGACUCACCAAGAAAUGACUUAUAUGAUGAAGAAAGAACGUGCCUUCUGGGCAUCUGUGUGUCUGUUGCUUAGCGUCACCCCUGGGCUUCUCAAUGCUCUGCCUGAGGAAGUUGAUGAACAUUCAGAAACCACAGAUUCUGCGCUCCUGCCAAUGAAACCGAAGCAAACAUUUUGCGCAAUGAAGGUCGAGGAUGGGCCGUGCAAGGCGAUGAUAAGGAGUUAUUUCUUCAAUAUUCUUACUCAACAAUGUGAAGAAUUUAUAUAUGGGGGAUGCAGAGGAAACGAGAAUCGAUUUGAGACCCUGGAAGAGUGUAAGGUAGCAUGCCUACCAGGUUAUAAAAAGACGCCCGUGAAGACAAUAUCCGCAAGAGGGAAGCCGGAUUUCUGCUUCUUGGAAGAGGAUCCUGGAAUCUGCCGAGGCCUCAUUACUAGGUAUUUUUACAACAACCAGUCAAAGCAGUGCGAACGGUUCAAGUACGGUGGGUGCCUGGGCAACCAGAACAACUUUGAGACCUUGGACGCAUGCCGGAGCACCUGUGAGGACACAGUGAAUGAGUUACCGAUGGGCAACCAUGUACCCGAGCGAAAUACUGUAAAUAACACUUUGAUUACCCAAUCUACCAAAUCGCCCAUCGGUUGGGAAUAUCACGGCCCUUCAUGGUGUCUUAGUCCAGCAGACAGUGGAUUGUGUAAAGCCAGUGAGAAGAGAUUCUACUACAAUUCAGUCCUUGGGAAAUGUCGCCAAUUUAAGUACACCGGAUGCGGGGGAAAUAACAAUAAUUUUAUUACCAAGAAAGAAUGUGUGAGGGCCUGUAAAAAAGGUUUCAUCAAAAGAGUAACAAAAGGAGGAAAAAUUAACACCCAAAAAGGAAAGGAGCCUACGGUGAAAGUAGUGUGAGCAGCCAUGGACUAGUGUUGAGAUAUAAACACACUAUUGUUACUCUAAUUAUACCAAAUAUUUCCACAAGAUAUUUGUACUAUGAUGUCUAUUCUUCUACUACAAUAAUUUUGAUGAAUAUAUAAAAGUUAAUUUCCCAGGCCACUGUGUCCGUUAAGCAGCAACUUUUCAACCUGCUACUGUGAAUUUCAUCUCGCUCCCUUUCAAACCACUUCCUGUUCAAUUGCAAGGUCUUCUACUGCUCAGCACAGGAACCAGUUUUCUGUUUUCCAUCGCGACCAUCUACCGGAAGAGAUACUUUCAUUUGUUAUGAUCAUGAACAUUAUGUACCCUUGAUAGUCUAAGCCUUCCCACAUGAUUUCAAUUUUAGCAGUGUAAGAAGUAAAACACUAUACCCUGAACAAUAAACCUGACUGUUACCCACUGGUGUUUACUAAAGAACUUCUGAGAUACGGAGCUGUGAAACCAAAUAAAAAAAUCAUUGUCCCUGC